UUAUAAAUUGCAAAAAGAAAGGAGAUGUGGGUGAGAGUGGGAGCAGUUGCAGUGGAGAUACGUGUAAGCUAUUGCUUAUAAUAUUCAAAAGUAGAGCCUUUAUCUCUCUCUGCCACCAAUAUUUAAAAGCGUUUCCAAAAUCUGAAAAACAAAGCCGAAGAAGAGCAAUGGCAAAGGAGUUGGACGGAUUCAAGUUCGAGCAAAGGCAUGGAAAGGCUAAGGUGAGAGUAGGCAGAGUUUGGAGGAGCAAAGAUGGGCGACGCCAUUUCAUGGUGGAAUGGAAGGUUAACAUCAGCUUGCUUUCCAAUUGCGUUGCCGCCUAUGUCCGUGACGACAACUCCGACAUCGUCGCGACUGACACCAUGAAAAACACUGUUUAUGUCAAAGCAAAGGAGUGUUCAGAACCACUUUCAGCAGAGGAAUUUGCGAUUAUACUUGGCAAGCACUUCACGUCAUUUUAUCCACAGGUUUUUACUGCAAUAGUAAAGGUAGUGGAAAAGCCAUGGGAACGUGUUUCUGUAAAUGGUCAACCACACGAACAUGGCUUUAAACUUGGAUCUGAUAAGCAUGUAGUGGAGGCAAUUGUACAGAAGUCUGGCAUUUUACAGCUGACUUCCAGUAUUGAAGGGCUGGCUUUGCUGAAGACAACCAAGUCAGGAUUUGAAGGGUUCAUCAGGGACAAAUACACAGCUCUUCCUGAGACGCGAGAAAGGAUGCUAGCAACAGAGGUUACUGCAUCUUGGAGGUACUCAUAUGAAUCUGUCUCUAGCAUCCCUCAAAAUCCACUUUACUUCAAUGACCGACACUUGAAUGUGAGACAAGUUUUGGCUGAUACUUUCUUUGGUCCUCCUGAAGGGGGGGUAUAUAGUGCAUCCGUUCAAAGCACUCUUUUUCAGAUGGCAAAGGCUGUACUUAGCAGGUUCACUGACAUAUCAUCAGUUAAAUUAAAAAUGCCAAAUAUCCAUUUCCUACCAGUUAAUUUAUCAAGUGAAGAUAACGGCAACAUCGUAAAGUUCAAUGAUGAUGUUUAUCAUCCGACUGACGAACCUCAUGGAUCGAUCGAAGCUAGCUUGAGCCGUUUCUGGUCAAAGAUGUAGUUGCUAUGGUCGAAGUAUGGUGAAGAGUGUGCUUACUGCUUGUUAAUACUAUAAUAAUCAGCGGGAUAGUCUCUUUUCUUUAAUGUUAAAUAAGUAACAUUCUUGCAACAUGUUCAUGUUAAAUAGUUAAAGAUGCAAAAAUGUUGCAGUACGUGUCGUUGGGUUAAUAAAGUUCAGUUGUAAGCAUGAACUACUACUUUUCUUUUUGCUGAAAUUGGAAGUUCCAUUAGUAAGUAUAGAUACGAAUGAUUGUCCACCAAA